GGUGUUGCUCACAACCAAGGCUCUGGUCAUUUUUACGCGACUCCGGUGACAGUGUAGACAUUUUCCAGCAACCUUUGCAACUCUGAUCUCCCUCUCUCUUUCGGUAAUCAUUCUGAGAACUUAGAAUUGCAUUACUUAGGCCAAUUACUUUGAUGGAAAUGUACCAUUUGCGUUUCCAAAGGGCUGUGGAUUACGAAAUCUUAACUUACAUGGAAACCAAAUGGACGGCUUAUUACCAAGGUCUUUGGUGAAUUGUCGCAUGUUAGAGGUUCUAGACGUUGGCAACAACAACAUAGAGGACACAUUCCCUCAUUGGUUGGAAUCUCUACCAAACCUUCAAGUGCUUGUCUUAAGGUCCAACAAGUUCCACGGUUUUGUGCAGAGCACCAAAGAAAGUCCAUCUUUUCCCAAGUUACGAGUUUUGGACCUCUCCAGCAAUGAUUUUCUUGGUCCUUUGCCGCUUCGGUACAUGGAAAAUUUUAAAGCGAUGAUGGACCCUCAUGGAGAGGAUGGUUCCCCUGAAUACAUGAAUGGAGAAAUUCCAAAUGUUAUUGGAAAGCUUAGUUCUCUCAAAGGGCUUAAUCUUUCUCAUAACAACCUUACUGGUCAGAUCCCACUGUCACUAGGGAAUUUGACGAAUCUGGAAUGGUUGGAUCUCUCUUCCAAUGAGCUGGCAGGGAAAAUUCCUGAUAAAUUGGUAUCUUUGACAGAACUCUCUGUAUUGAAUCUUUCAAAUAAUCAUCUUGUUGGGCGCAUACCACAGGGCAGUCAGUUCAACACCUUUGGAAAUGGUUCUUAUGAAGGAAACCUUGGACUGUGCGGAAUCCCAUUGUCAAAAUCUUGUGAUGGAAUAGGGACACCGUCGAGCUCCUUCCAAGAAAAAGACGAGUUGUGUGGAUUUGGCUGGAGAGUUGUGGUGUUAGGCUAUGGAUGUGGAGUUGUUUUUGGAUUGCUGAUGGGAUAUCUUGUCUUCCGAACAGGAAAACCAAAAUGAUUUGUGUCUUUGUUUGAUGGCCGACCAAGUCAAAGUGGAAGGAAGAUGAGGAAAGCCAGAAGACUUGUUCAAAGAAGAAGCUAGUUGCAGAGUUGAUGUUUUGGAGCUUCUGAUUUAAUGUUUCCUGAAUAAGUGCUUUUCGGGUUUGAAGUUCUUGUUAUGGCUGGCGUUGGCUUGUCUAAAAUUGUCAGCCUUCUCUUGUCUUUAUUAUGCUUUGUAAUUUUGUCUUUCUUUAUUAUAAAAUAUAUUGAGAAAGUGUUU